AUGAGGUGCUGUGAGUGUCGCACGACCCUGUCUCACUGGUACUAUGAGAAGGAGGGGCAGCUGUUCUGUAAGAGGGACUACUGGGCCCGCUUCGGAGAGCUCUGCAACGGCUGCACCGAGACCAUCAGCACCGGCCUGAUUAUGGUUGCUGGGGAACAGAAGUACCACCCGGAGUGUUUUACUUGUUUGGGUUGCGGGUCGUUCAUUGGAGAUGGGGACACCUACGCCUUGGUGGAGCGAUCCAAGCUGUACUGUGGGCACUGUUACUACCGGAACAUCGUUACCCCGGUGACCCUGCCGGACUCGACGUGCAGGAUUCCGCACACGGUGACGCUGGUCUCCAUCCCCGCCUCUGUGGACGGGAAGCGCGGAUUAUCUGUCUCCAUCGACAACGACUGUAGCCCCGGCAACCGUGCACCGGAUUCCAACCCCACCGUCAGAGUGUCUGAGUUGGACUCUGACUGUAUCAGCCCAGAUGUGAAGAGCUCGGUCCAUGUUGGGGAUCGGAUCCUGGAGAUCAACGGCACCCCCAUCCGGAACGUUCCACUGGACGAGAUUGACUUGUUGAUCCAGGAGACAGGGCGGCUCCUGCAGUUGACCAUAGAGCACGACCCCCAUGAUCGGGGUGGAGGGGAAGGGCAAGGGGAGGGCCCUGCAUUGCCCACGGAAACGCCCAGCCCAAUCAGACCUACCCUCACUGUCCCCACGAGCCUGGACCUCUGCAACCUGCGCUCCAGAGCCAUAACGAGGAGCUCCAGUAUUGAUAAGUCUCCCUGCUCCAGCGGUGCUGCCUCUCCUUUGUCUCAGAAGAAGGACAUUGGGCGCUCUGAGUCGCUCCGCGUCGUCUCCAGCGACCGGACACACCGCAUCUUCCGCCCCUCCGACCUCAUCCACGGGGAGGUCCUGGGGAAGGGCUGCUUCGGGCAGGCCAUCAAGGUGACGCACCGGGAGACAGGGGAGGUGAUGGUGAUGAAGGAGCUCCUGCGCUUUGACGAGGAGACGCAGCGGACUUUCCUGAAGGAGGUGAAGGUGAUGCGGUGUCUGGACCAUCCCAACGUCCUAAAAUUCAUCGGGGUCCUGUACAAGGACAAGAGGCUCAACUUAAUCGCCGAGUACAUCAAGGGAGGGACACUUCGAGAGAUCAUCAAAAAAAUGGACAGCAAGUAUCCAUGGAAACAGAGGGUCAGCUUCGCCAAGGACAUUGCUGCGGGGAUGACCUACCUCCAUUCCAUGAACAUCAUCCACCGGGAUCUGAACUCCCACAACUGCCUGGUGAAAGAGAAUAACAGUGUGGUGGUGGCGGAUUUCGGGCUGGCGCGCCUCAUGGUUGAAGACCGGUCCCAGGACAGUCUCUCCUCUGGGACGAUGGCAGGGCUGAAGAAGCCAGACCGCAGGAAGAGGUACACGGUGGUGGGGAACCCCUACUGGAUGGCCCCCGAAAUGAUCCACGGGAAGAGCUACGAUGAGAGGGUGGACAUCUUCUCCUUCGGCAUCAUGCUGUGUGAGAUUAUCGGGAGGGUGAACGCUGACCCAGACUACUUGCCCCGGACGAUGGACUUUGGGCUGAACGUGGCGGGGUUCCUGGAGCACUACUGCCCCCCAGACUGCCCCCCCUCCUUCUUCCCCAUUGCGGCCCGCUGCUGCGACCUCGAUGCAGACAAACGCCCCCCGUUCUCUCAGCUGGAGGAGUGGCUGGAGAACCUGAAGAUGCACCUGGACAUCCGGUUGCCCUUGGCCUCCGAGCUGGACCAGGUGGACCGGGCCUUCUGGCAGAACAACUCCCGCUCGGAGAACAGCCUGCACACCCACCCAGAGCAGCCCGAGUAGGCCCGGAGGCGACCGGUUCAAACCGGAGCAAACCGGUUCAAACCGGGGCAGACCGGUGCAGACCGGUGCAGACUGGACCCUGUAGGACCAAGAGGGGCGGGGCUACAUCUGCCCGCCGUGAGGCAGCUGUCACAUGGUCGGGUCACCAUGGCGAUGAGGUGGAGGGGGGGGGGGGUGACCAUGGUGACCCCUGCUUUUCCAGAACAGGGACCGUUCGAGAGAGAGAGAGAGAGAGAGAGAGAGAGAGAGAGAGAGAGAGAGAGAGAGAGAGAGAAAACAUAAAAAAGCACUUUCUUUUUUUUCCUGCGCAAUUCCGUGCCAGAUUCCCGCCACAUCCCUGGAUCGGCUUCAGCUUCGGAAAACAUGGCGGAAUGCCAGACCUUCUGCAGAUGAGCUUCAGUCCGCGACUCGCUGGUGUGUCCCACUCUCAGCUCCGGAGAUCCGUUUGGACUGAGGCUCGGCGCCGGGCCCCCCGCCCGCCUCCGUGUCCUCCCUCAUCUCCCUCAGUGCAGUCACGGUGGAAAACACAUAAAAACGGUGCGGGCGUUGCUGUGAGAAGAUGCAUCGUUCUGUUUUUCGUUUUUUCGCCCUGCCUCCCUGGCAGUAGAGGGGCAGCAGGGGCAUUGGAUACAGUCUGUUUUAACUCAGAAAAGGAAGAAAUAUAUUUAUUUAAAUGAGUUUGGAACUUUUCUAAAAUGUCAAAUAGCUCCCAAAGACCCCAGCGGUGAGGUAAUUGGUCAGGUUGCAUUUAUUUAUUUUUUUGGUUCCCCAGCGUCACUCAAAUCAUCCAUUAACCAAUCAGAAAUGCCUGUUUCCACCAGGUCACUGAGCAUGCAGGUAGCCCAUAGAUAGAUACAGGACUACUAGAUCUCACAUGCCCCCCAGAAACUAGGUGUUCCAUCUGAACUGCAUCAGAAGCACACCUAUAUCCGUGUGUCUGAAGCAGCCCAGAAUUUCAAGUUGUUUCCGGAAUGAUCCGGAAUGUUCCAUGGAGUGUGCAUGCGUCCUUUCAGGACCUACCUGGAACAGGGAAUUAUUUUACUGCAUGCUGGAGACAAACAGCAUGUGUGAUCUAGCAGGUCUGUGUGUGCGACUCCUGCUUUGUGUUGUUGGGAAAUGUCUAUUGUCGUACCGUGUGUGUGUGUGUCUGUGUGCGCGUGUGUGUCUGUGUGUGUGUGUGCGUGUGUGCGUGCGUGCGUGUGUGUGCGUGCGUGCACCCAUGUGUGUGCGUGCGUGUGCGCGUGUGUGUGUUGACCCAGCCUGUUACUUUUAGCAAACACCCUUACAGCUUACAGCCGUAGUUCAGCCGGGUAGAUUUCCGUUAUUUCCUUGGAUUAAAUCCUCCAUCAUUGUACUGUAUGUAGCUUGCUGAUGUGUACAGUAGAUGUUAUGUAAUAUGUUGUAUAGUGUGUACAUAUUCGUUUUGUAUGCAGAUUGGCCAGGUGUUAUUACGCCACAGUACAGGCAAACUGUGGUGCUUGGUGGGAUCUGAGGUCACUUCCUGUCACCCGGGGGUCAAGGGUCAACAGGUUGCCUGUUACCCAGGAGAGGGGUUCUUUAGCAUGUCCUACCAAUUCAUUUCUACCGUCUUAUACGGGGUCACGUCUGCCUGCGGCCUCUGAAGCAGAAAACUUUGACUGUAAGAACGUUACUCUGCUACUGUUCCACAGAACACAAUCAGACAACCAUUCAGCUUAGGUCCGUAGAACAGGAUGGCCUGUCAGUCAAGAUUGCUCAUCAGCCUCAGAUAUUAGUAUAUAUUCUUGUUCAUGUAUUUUGUAUAUAAACGAUAAGGAAGAAUGAUGGGAGAAAAAGGCGCGGUCUGUUGAGGCUGUGCUGUUUUUCUGUGGAGGGUUUGUGAAUCACUUCUGUUUCUGCUGGUCUCUCCAUCGCUCUCGUUCUGUUGUUAUCUCACUGUUCCUCUCUUCCUCACAUGCUCCUGUGUUCUCAUUUCUCCCCCUCUCUCUCCCUCUCUCUUUCUCUCCCUCUCUGUCUCCCCCUUUCUCUUCCCCCUCUCCUCUCUCUUUCUCUCUCUCGCUCUCUCUGUCUCCCCCUUUCUCUUCCCCUCUCUCUCCUCUCUCCCUCUCUUUCUCUCGCUUUGGAAUGGGCUGCAUGUUUUAGGCAUGGUUUGCCCGCCAUUCUGUGUGUUUAAAGGUAAAAGCCGAUGCAGUGUUGUCAUGCGAAAGAGAAACUACUGUGGGGUAACAGCGGGAGAAGAGGUGAUUCACGUUUGAGAUCACGUUCAUGUUUGAGAUCACGUUCACGUUUGAGAUCCGAUUAGUGUGUGAGAUCCCAUUCAUGUCCGAGAUCGGAAUGUUACACAUCCGAUUAGUGCAUCAGUCAGAGCUACAGAUGUGUUUGAAAUCGUUCAUAUGCUGUAAUCUCUCAAGUUUUUGUAUGAGACAGUGACAUUAAUAGUGUACAUGCUUAAAGUUACACCUAUAUAUUUUAUUUCUGAUUUCAUAUUUAAGCUUUUUUACAAGGGAGAUCUGUACUGACUGCAGAGCCGAGACUUAAAAAAAAACAAAAAACAAAAAAAACACAGAAACUCUAUAAUGUGCUGCAGCUAGGCCCUGCGUGGAUUUUAAAGAUUGCACUAUAUUUUCAAAAAGCCAUGGGGCCGUUUUUACUGUAAAAUGGGAGUAUCUGUGAGUGUUGUGCAGACUUCCCUUGUGUACUGUAUGAAAGAGAGUACGGUUUCACGCUGUCAACAGAGUUGCUUGAAUGGGAGAAGAAGAAAGAAAACCCAAAGACCAACGGUAGAAUGUUUGCUAACGUACGCACCAGACCUACCCGCAUCGAACAUGGUAAAAACAACGGCAUGUUGAAACGAAUAGCUUCUUAAAAUGUCUAGAAUUAUAAUAUCGUGCUGCCCCUGUGAAAUGCUUUAAAAGUGUGUGGCUGCUGGCUUAGUGUGAUUCCAGUGCGCACUGUCUUUGAGCAUCAAAGCUCCUGUCCUGUGUCUCAACGACCUCGUUGUUAAGCGCUACGAUCUCCAGAAAGUAGCAGUUAUAUAGCCCACACUUUGGCGACUUCAUUUGCCGCCUACUUCCAGUCUGUGAAACCAAAUGUGUUAAUCAAGAAAAAGACGAUAGUGCACCACUUCACGUAUCUUCUUACCCCCUAGUCAUCUGUCCUGUGAUUGUCCGUUUCAUUUGCCGACAGAAAUAGCUGUUAUUUUAGUCACUGGCAGGCUGCAAAACUCAAAUAACCGCUCUCACUCUGUCACUCAGUGGUGGGGACGUUUUGGUGACGCUGAGAAAUUAAUCACCUUGCAUUGGGAUGUCUCGUUUCGGUCCGUAUUAAUCCCCGUUAACGUUUCUCUGUGCGUCUGUGAGGAUGAUACCGUGCUGAUUAUAUUUGCAAAAGAUAUUUUACCUCGGAACAUUGCCGUGCCUUUGUUGAACGCUGGCCUUGCAGUCGACUCGCUGCGUCUUCGUUUGAGUGAGUUUUGUAAUGUAAAUGUGAACCUGUACGGAUUUGACUCCGUUGCUGAUGCUCUUGUUUCCCGAUUACCUGCUCUCAGAUUCUCGAUGUCACGUUUAUUAUACAUUUCAUAUGCCCCAUUUUAAUUUUAUUUUUUACACAAACUGUGAAAAAAAAUAUAUCUGCACUUUAGUUCGGGAAAGACGACGUGAGGUGGCGACUGUUUAAUUGUAUAGCUGGAAUAAAAAUUGCCGCUCCUUCAAAAAAAA